AUGAAAGGUGUAACUAACUGGGUUUGGGAGAGUGCUCGAGAUAACAAUACAUUACCAGCUUACCUAAAAGUUGGAGACACAGUGUGCCAACUAUGCUAUAACGGAAUGAUCGUUCAGCCUUCAGCUGCGAUGAAAGAAGAUAUGAAGGCAACAUUUGAUGAUACUUUAUUGGAACUGAAGAUACUAGCCUGCGGUCACAAAUAUCACGUAGAAUGUUUAAACGAAGUUGAUCAGAAAUGUUCACCAUGUCUGGAAUUCUUGAAGAAUGGAAUACAGAUGAAUGUAGAUCAGUUACUAGAACGCCUGAAAGGUAUGAAAGAUAAAGAUAAAAAAAAUACAAAAACUAUAGAAAAUGUACAGGUUCAGGAAAGUAAUAGAACUGAAAAACUUAAAAAUGAAAUAGAUGAAGAUGACGAACUUAUCGUUAUUAGUGGUAUCAAAAAUACGGAAUUUGAUA